UGUGAGCAGUUGUCAUCCAGAGAUCCAGGGAGCAGACACUCACAACAAAAGUUGCGAGAGCCAUGGAGCUAUUUGAAACCAACCCUUACUUCUUUGCUGAGCAGAGAUUUUACGAUGGAACGGAAAACUUUUUCCAGUCCCGACUGCAAAAUGGCUUUGACCAAAACGGCUAUCAGGACAGGUCGUUGAUGGGACUGUGUUCGGAGAGCAGGCUCCUGACAAGCAACGGUCUGGAUGACCAAGUCUCACCUUCGUCCAGUCUCUCGCCACAGGAGCACUGUCCUGGCCAGUGCCUGCCAUGGGCCUGCAAGAUCUGCAAACGUAAAUCGGUGACCAUCGACCGGAGAAAAGCAGCCACCUUGAGGGAGAAAAGAAGGCUGAAGAAGGUCAAUGAAGCUUUCGAAGCCCUCAAGAGAAGCACCCUGAUGAACCCCAACCAGAGGCUGCCCAAGGUGGAGAUCCUGCGCAGUGCCAUCCAGUACAUUGAAAGGCUGCAAACGCUACUGAGUACUCUGAACCAGCAGGAUCGGGAUCAACAGGAUGUCCACUACAGGACCACAGGCACUCAGAGGGUGUCCACUUCAAGUGACCACGGGUCCAACAGCACAUGCAGCAGUAGUCCAGAGUGGAGCAGCUCAACUGACCACUGCAGCCCCACGUUCAGCAGCAGCACCAGCACCACUGAGCUUCUGACUGAAGACUCACCAGAGCAGACAAACCUGCGCUCCCUCUCAUCAAUAGUGGACAGCAUUGCAAUCGAUGGGGCUGCCAUCUCUUAAUUUCAACGCAUAUCUGAUAACAACGUCUUGACCACAGUGAACACUAUCCAAAUCCAGAAAAUGCUCCUGACUCACCCGUGUAGUCUCCAAGUGCAGCCAUUCAUGUGUGAGCAUGGACAUUCAUUCAAAGGCCAUUAAACUUCGGAGUGCUGGGAAACCAAAGUUAACAAAUUGGCAUGCUUGUUCCUUUGCUCAUAAUUGAAAAAAUCAACAAGUUGAAAUCAUCUUUAACAAAAAAAUUUUUUGAAUCA